AUGCUGCAGCAACUCAAUGAUGCCUUUGAGCGCCUGGGGCUCACCCAGGGGAAACGGAUGCUCUUUGCGCUUGGACAGUGCUGUGUGGAUGCACCCAGCUUUGCCAUGGUGACCAGCCUUGUGGUUCUGUCAGUGGCUGUUGGACCCAUCCAUGAGGGUGUGCUUGCUGAGGCCACCAACUAUGUCCACAACCUCAUCAACCUGUUCACCUAUAUGUGUGUGCCCAAUGGUGAUGCCAACUACUACUACCUGGAGCAGUGGAUAGUGCACAUGCACAAGGAUCCUCAGUACCACAGCUCUAUGACCAACAAUCACAGCAUCAUUGUGGUCACCAACUGUCUGUGUGAGGCCAAAGAAUUGGAAGCUGAGGCCAGAUCUGACCUGGAAUCUACCAAGUCAGAUCCCAGCAACGCCAUUGUCAUGCUCAAGAAUAUUCUGGCCAGCAAUUAA